GAUUUAACUUUCGUCUCACUUCUCUGCCUAUCUUUCUCUCACAAAGUUCCUAAGUAUCGACGUUUAUUGCCCUUUUGGUACUUUUGGGUUUUGAUUAAUUGAAAAAAUAACAUUUAUCGACGCCUGUUAUUAACAUGAUCAAAUUAUUACACGAUUUUACAUUCUAGUAAUUUACUAUCUUACUUCAUAUAAUUUUUAUUCUGUUCUGAACAAAGAGAAGAGACGCCAAAGUUUUUUUAAGAUUUGAAAAUUAGACGUAACAACAUGCUUGACUUUGAAAAGGAAAAAUACAUGAAGCAACUCAAAAAGAAAAUGGAAUGUUGGAGAGAAAUUAUUUUACCAUUGAACUCGAUACUUUUAUGGGAAAAACCUUGGUAUCCUGGUCUCAUUUUUGGAAGUAUAUCAAUUAUAUUUUUAUUAAUUUGGUUGACGGAGCCGGCGUUUCUAACAAUUAUUUCAAUAUCACUACUGGUGUUGGCUUUAACAGACUAUCUAGUUCCUAUAUUGAUAUCUACAUUUAUUCCAUCAAAUUCAUGGAAUGGUCAAAAAGAACGCAAGUUUGAUGAAAUUUGUCAAAAAGUCAGCGAAACUAUUUUACAGAUAAAGAGCAUCUGGAAAUCGAUUCUCAGUGCACGCAAUAAUCGCCCUAAUGUUUAUUACGGUUUAACUACUGUUUGUUUGAGUCUUCUAGCAUGGUUAGGAAAUAUUGUUAAUAAUUUACUCCUUAUUUAUUUAAUGCUUAUGGUGACUCUGUUAUUGCCAGGACUUCGACACCAAGGACGAGCACAAUCUGCCAUAAAAUGGGUGUACAAUUGUUUAAUUCAUCACAAACAAGCGUAAUAAUAUUUGCAAGUUUUCUAAAGAAUUAUUUUCUGUACGUACUUACAGUUAUAAUCAUGAUUUGAGAUUUUAAGAGCUUUCAUAAAGUUUGAUUAAUUAAUUGUCACUUUUUAAUGUGAAUAACUACAAAAAUUAAGUUAAUCAUUAUUUUUUAUUUAAUUUUCUUGACCAUGACAAAUAUUGUUUGUGGAGAUAAGGUUAUAUUUUUUAUUUUCUUUAUGAAAUUUGAAGAUACAUUUUAAAUGAAUGGAUAAAAAAAUGAACUUUAUUUACAAUUUUAUUUUUUUAUUUAACUAUAACUUUAUAUCUUAAUUUAAUGAUAAAUAAUCAAUGUUAUUUUAAAAUAUAUUAAGAUACGUUUUGAAU